AUGGCAUUCAUUCUCUUCCGCGACGCUCAAUGUGGUCGUCCCACCUUCAACUACGAGACCGACCUGGAUCUAGGCUAUUGCCUCAACAUCGCAGUCGGCAGCAGCUCUCUUACCAUCACCCUUUUCCCCGGCUGUCCGAACAGCGGGACUCCCCUUCUUCUCAUGUCGAAUGACACUGGCUGCCCCGGCUUUUCCUUCUCGCCGACUAUCACUUCGCUAGGCACGGCGACACAUUCACAUUCAACUUCGGGGUCGCCAAGUGGUGCGGCACUGCCGUUGGAUUUUGUUAACCAGCUUGGUGUUUGUCAGGGCUUGAGGCUGGGGACGAAUAUCGGAAGUGUGCAGUUUGCAUGUCCGGCUUUGACGGCGGCGCCGGCGCCGACAGCUACAUCGGGUGCAAGUCGAUAUGUUGCGGAUUCAAGAAGAGAGAGAUCCUGGAUUUCGGGGUGCUGGGUGCUUCUAGGAGGAUGCAUGGCGUUGGGUGCAGUUAUUCGCGAUCAUUUCCUCCCCGGCUCCAUAGUGUUGAAGCUAUGGCUAACCGACUGCUCCGUGACCGUGGCGCUGGACGCGUCGGCGUCAACUGGGCCUCGAACUUCGUACGACGACAACCAGACCUUCGUGUGA